CACCUCUUCACUCCCUCUAGAUUCCCACCUUCGUAAACGAUGGCUUCUGCGCCAAGAGUGGUAGCUAGACGGAGGACCCAAGCUACUAAUUCCAUCCGAUCUUCAUCUAGGAAAAGAUCGAAAUCUAAGAGCGCAGAUGAGUUCGAGUACGACGAUACAAGAUGUGAGGAAUGUGGGUCGGGUGACUUUGGAUCGGAACUCCUACUCUGCGACCAGUGUGACCGAGGGUUUCACUUGUUUUGCCUCAGACCUAUUCUUGCUUCUGUUCCAUCGGGGUCAUGGUACUGUCCAUCUUGUUUCGCUAAUCGCAAGACCAUUGCAAGAUUCCCGUUGGUUCAAACCAAAAUUGUCGACUUUUUUCGCAUUCAAAGGACCUCACAGUCAAGUGAAAAAGUUUGCCAAGAUGCCCGUAAGAAAAGGCGAAGGACAAGUAGCCUAGCAACAUCAAAGAAAAAAAGAAGGCUAUUGCCCUAUAGUCCAAGUGAGGAUGCUGCAAGAAGAUUGGAACAAAUGGCAUCACUAGCAACAGCAUUGACAGCAACAGGAGCUGAGUUCAGUAAUGAGCUCACAUAUAUUCAUGGCAUGGCUCCUAAGCUAGCAAACUGUCCUGCUUAUGAGAAGGGGGGAAUGCAGGUUUUAUCAAGAGAAGACAAUGAGGCUCUGAAUCUAUGCAAGAGUAUGAUGGGAAAGGGAGAGUGCCCACCUCUUAUGGUUGUUUUUGAUCCUGUGGAAGGUUUCACUGUAGAAGCUGAUAAAUUUAUUAAAGACUUGACAAUAAUCACUGAAUAUGUUGGAGAUGUUGAUUACUUGGAACGUCGAGAAAAUGAUGAUGGAGAUAGUAUCAUGACUCUACUUUGUGCUGCUGAUUCAUCAAAAAGUCUUGUAAUUUGUCCUGACAAACGCAGCAAUAUUGCUCGAUUCAUCAAUGGCAUUAAUAAUCACACACCAGAAGGGAAAAAGAAGCAGAAUUUGAAGUGUGUGAGAUUUGAUGUAGAUGGUGAAGCAAGGGUGUUGCUGAUAGCAAACAGAGAUAUAUCAAAGGGAGAGAGAUUGUACUAUGACUAUAAUGCAUAUGAACAUGAGUACCCUACCCAUCAUUUUGUAUGACCCUGACCCUCUCCCCCUAUUUUUGUUAUAUACAUUGAGUUUAACCACCACCACCAC